AUGGCUCUCGAUAACUUUUAUCACAACAAAAUCGAAUCCCUCAAGCUUGAGAUCAUUCAAGGUCAAGCAGUCCUCCGAAGACUAGAAGCUCAGCGAAAUGACUACAACUCAAGGGUACGGCUACUACGAGAAGAGCUGGGACUGCUACAACAGCCAGGGUCAUAUGUCGGAGAGGUCGUGAAAGUGAUGGGUACCAAGAAGGUGCUGGUCAAAGUACAUCCAGAGGGCAAAUAUGUCGUCGAUAUUGCCGACAAUGUUGAUAUCUCUAAGCUGACGGUCGGAAAACGUGUUUCCUUGCUCUCUGAUUCAUACAAGCUCGAGAAGAUGCUUCCGUCGUCGGUCGAUCCUCUAGUGUCGCUCAUGAUGGUUGAGAAGGUACCGGACAGCACGUAUGACAUGAUUGGUGGCCUGGAUCAACAAAUCAAGGAAAUCAAGGAGGUCAUCGAGCUUGGUCUCAAUCAUCCAGAACUAUUCGAAUCGUUGGGUAUCGCCCAGCCUAAAGGCGUUCUCCUCUACGGCCCUCCUGGAACCGGAAAGACUCUCCUGGCUCGUGCUGUGGCGCAUCACUCAAAUUGCAAAUUCAUCAGAGUAUCAGGGUCCGAAUUGGUGCAAAAAUACAUUGGUGAAGGCAGCCGCAUGGUCCGAGAACUUUUCGUCAUGGCAAGAGAGCAAGCACCCAGCAUCAUAUUCAUGGACGAAAUCGACAGUAUAGGUUCUAGCCGUGUUGAAGGAAGCAGUGGAGGUGAUUCGGAAGUACAGAGAACCAUGUUGGAACUGCUGAAUCAACUGGACGGGUUCGAGCCUACCAAAAACAUCAAGGUCAUCAUGGCCACUAACCGACUCGAUAUUCUCGAUCCUGCAUUACUCCGACCUGGUCGUAUCGACCGAAAGAUUGAAUUCCCUCCGCCAACGGUCGAAGCCAGAGCCGAUAUUCUGAGAAUCCACUCAAGAAGCAUGAACUUGACCAGAGGGAUCGACUUGAAGAAGAUUGCGGAGAAGAUGAACGGAUGCUCAGGGGCAGAGCUGAAAGGUGUUUGCACAGAAGCUGGCAUGUUUGCCUUGCGAGAGCGAAGAAUCCAUGUCACUCAGGAAGAUUUCGAUUUGGCGACGGCGAAAGUACUCAACAAGCAUGACGACAAGGAAGUCUCGCUCGGCAAGCUAUGGAAGUAG